AUGGAGAAAAUAACAGUUUUUGACCUAAUGAAAAAACUUGGACUUAUUUGGUUAUUACUCCUUACACAGGCAAACUCGUCACCAGUCUGUCAUCCUAAUGUUCGCCUUGUGAAAGAGGAAGAAAAGUGCAUGAAAGAUCUGCGACUUUUAACAUCACACAAAACUGCUGAAAACAACAGUGUACACUGCGGGGGAAUGUGGGAUCACUUGAACUGCUGGCCACCAGCUUUUCUCGGGGAAACUGUUUCCCAGCCUUGUCCAGAGUUUUUUAAUUCAGGAGGUAAAGUGCAUCGUAACUGCACAGCCAGUGGCUGGACAGACCUGCUUAUUCCACACGAAGAUGCAUGCGGUUACACUUUCAAUGAGACUCUCCUCUUUCUUGGAGAGUCCUCAGAAACCCACUUGUAUUUCUCCUAUGUGAAGACGAUGUACACAGUUGGGUACACAGUCUCCCUCAUCUCUCUCUCCAUUGCUAUCACCAUAUUCUGUCUUUUUAGGAAGCUGCAUUGUACAAGGAACUACAUUCACAUUCAGCUGUUCAUCUCCUUCAUCCUAAGAGCCAUCUUUAUCUUCAUCCGAGAUGCUCUGCUCUUUACAAAUGAAGAGAUCUAUCACUGCGAUUACUAUCCGGCGCCGUGUAAGGUUGUGCUGAUAUUUUCCAACUACUCCAUCCUCGCAAACUACAGCUGGCUGCUGGUGGAGGGACACUUCCUGUUCACUCUAGUUAACCGCUCCUUCUUCUCCCUGAAGAAACACCUGGCCUGGUACAUCAUCCUGAGCUGGGGUUUACCACUGAUUGUGAUUGUCUCCUGGGGGUGUGCAAAAUAUUUUUAUGAAGAUGAAGGAUGUUGGGAAACCAGGAGACAUGAAUGGAUUUGGUGGAUACUUCGAGUGCCAGUUCUUCUAACUCUAUGUAUGACGCUAAUCUUUUUCAUGGGGAUUUUGAGGAUCCUGGUGAGCAAACUCAGAAUGCCGGACGCACAGAGAAACGAAUUAAGCCAGUAUAAGAGGCUGAUCAAGUCCACUUUUUUCCUGGUGGCUCUGUUUGGUCUGCAUUACAUCCUGUUUAUGUUCUUACCGGUUAAAGUCAGCAGCUCCAUGUUUAGGAUCUGGACUUUUGUAGAGCUGGCUCUGUCAUCCACGCAGGGCUUUGUGGUUGCUGUCCUCUACUGCUUCAUGAAUGGCGAGGUGCAGCAUGAAUUUCAAAGACGGUGGAGGAGGUGGAGGCUGACUCAGCACCUACCCACUAGGCGCAGGCAGUAUCACAGCUCCAUCAGCCACAGCGGGGCUCCUCACACACAGGUGUCCCUGCUUCCCGGCGCUCCUGGCAGCCUGACCGCAAGUGGACUCCCCACGGAUACCGUGGAGAUGUGA